UGCCAAUCUGCCAUAUAUGCUCUAUGAUUUUCUGAUUUUCUGUUUUGCUGCUUCGAAUUAGGCAACAUUCCAUUAUAUUUGGCAACGUCAUUAUUUUCAUACAUUCGCGAUCGCCCUCAGCCAAGGCCUACCCAUUUUUUGUCAGUUUGGCUCUGAAUCUUGUGAUGUGAAAGUGUUGUUGAAAGGAAUACAGCAUUUAUUUUGCAGGUCGACAACGCAUGCAAACCUUUAACCUGAGAAGACGAAUCUCGGGCAAGUCCCACGUAUCAAAAUGGCGUCUGUGGAUGGAAGGCCAGCUCAGUAUGGGAUAUCCCUAAAACAGCUACGCGAGGUGAUGGAACUGCGAGGUCAAGAGGCCGUUGAUCAGUUACGUCAUUAUGGCGGAGUGCAGCAGAUGUGUAAAAAACUCUACACUUCACCCACAGAAGGAUUAUCCGGUUCGCCGAAGGACAUCGAACAUAGGCGGGACACAUUCGGAUCGAACACGAUCCCACCUAAGUCGCCAAAGACCUUCUGGAGAUUGGUGUGGGAAGCGUUGCAAGAUGCCACCCUCAUCAUCCUUGAAGUCGCAGCUAUCGUCUCGUUACUAUUAUCAUUCGUACCUUCCACUAGUGGCGAUGAACUCGGCCAUGAGGAGAGCAAAUAUCACGAGUGGAUCGAAGGCGUGGCUAUUCUUAUUUCCGUCAUAGUCGUCGUCUUGGUUACUGCCUUUAAUGAUUAUACCAAAGAGCGCCAAUUCCGUGGGUUGCAGAACCGGAUCGAAGGCGAGCACAAAUUCGCCGUUUUGCGCGGAGGCGAGUGCAGCCAAAUAUUUGUCGGCGACAUAGUCGUCGGUGACAUCUGCCAAGUGAAAUAUGGAGAUUUGCUGCCGGCUGAUGGCAUUUUGAUUCAGAGCAACGAUUUGAAGGUGGACGAGUCAUCGCUAACGGGCGAAUCGGAUCAUGUCAAGAAAAGCGAAUUGACGGAUCCAAUGCUUCUUUCCGGUACUCACGUCAUGGAAGGUAGUGGCCGGAUGCUGAUAACGGCCGUAGGCAUCAACUCCCAGGCUGGCAUCAUUUUUACCUUGUUAGGGGCUGCCGCUGACGACCAGAAAGCUGACGCAAAAAAACGGAAGAAAGGUGACAAUCUAAGGCUAAACUUCUCUGCCUUGGCAUGUGACCGUACCGUAUCAAUGUACCGAUUUUUUACACGUCCAGGAGUUAGUAAGGAGGGGAAUGUCAGCAGCAGCAGCCACCAUACGGAGGAUGGAGGAAACAACAUGGCGAGCAAACAGGAAGCAAUGGAUGCAUCCGUUGGUCCAACUAGUGAUGCUCCAGUAGAGGAAAAAAGGUCGAGUCAUAAAAACAAAUCUGUUCUACAAGCCAAACUGACAAAGCUGGCCAUUCAAAUUGGUUAUGCUGGUUCAGCGGUUGCCAUAUUAACGGUUAUCAUAUUGAUAACGACCUUUUGUAUAAAGACUUUUAUCUACCAACACGAGCCAUGGAAAAACGAGUAUUUCAAUAACUUUGUCAAGUUUUUUAUCAUCGGUGUCACCGUUUUGGUCGUCGCCGUCCCUGAGGGUCUUCCCCUAGCCGUAACUCUAUCUCUGGCGUACUCUGUUAAAAAAAUGAUGUUAGACAACAACUUGGUGCGGCAUUUGGCUGCCUGCGAGACGAUGGGCAAUGCAACUACAAUCUGUUCAGAUAAAACGGGAACUCUGACAACAAACAGGAUGACGGUUGUUGCCUGCUAUGUCGGAGGACAACACUACAAAUCCAUCCCGGACUAUGACUCGCUUCCACCACAAGUGGCCAACCUUGCCCUUCAAGCCAUCUCGAUCAAUAGUGCUUACACCUCAUGCAUUUUGAAUGGGGAGUUACCUAAUGAACCCAUUAAGCAGGUGGGCAAUAAAACGGAAUGCGCUUUGCUCGGUUUUGUGCUGGAUUUGAAAAGAUCCUAUCAGGCCAUUCGUGACGAGCAUCCAGAAGAAUCUUUCCAUCGCGUCUACACCUUCAAUUCGAGCCGCAAGUCGAUGAGUACCGUCAUUGCUCGUGAAGGAGGCGGAUACCGCGUCUUUACCAAAGGUGCAUCUGAGAUGGUGCUGAAAAAGUGCGCCUUCAUCUAUGGCGCCAAUGGGAAAUUAGAGGAGUUUUCUCAUGAAAAUCAGGAAGAACUCGUACGAAACGUCAUUGAGCCGAUGGCGUGCGAUGGUCUGCGUACAAUCGCCGUUGCAUACCGGGAUUUUGUACCAGGCGAAGCCGAAAUCAACCAAGUCCAUUACGACAACGAACCCAACUGGGAUGAUGAGGAUGCAAUCAUUAAUAAUCUAACCUGCAUACUCAUUGUCGGCAUUGAAGAUCCUAUUCGACCUGAGGUUCCAGAGGCCAUUCGACAGUGCCAACAUGCGGGCAUAACUGUGCGCAUGGUGACAGGUGACAACGUGAACACGGCUCGAUCCAUCGCCAUCAAGUGCGGUAUCGUCACACCCGGAAUGGACUACGUUAUUAUCGAUGGCAAAGAAUUUAAUCAACGCAUUCGGGACUCUAAUGGCGAGGUCCAACAACACUUGCUUGAUCAAGUGUGGCCCAAACUACGAGUGUUGGCCCGCUCAUCACCCACGGACAAAUACAAUCUAGUCAAGGGAAUUAUUGACAGCAAGAUAUCCGGUAACCGAGAAGUAGUGGCAGUGACAGGAGACGGUACUAACGAUGGCCCGGCUCUCAAGAAAGCUGAUGUCGGAUUUGCAAUGGGUAUUGCUGGAACGGAUGUGGCCAAAGAAGCGUCCGACAUUAUCUUGACGGAUGACAACUUUAGUAGUAUCGUUAAGGCCGUUAUGUGGGGUCGCAACGUUUACGACUCUAUCGCCAAGUUCUUGCAGUUUCAGUUGACCGUCAAUAUUGUAGCCGUCAUUGUUGCUUUCCUCGGUGCUUGCUUUAUUCAAGAUUCUCCGUUGAAAGCUGUCCAGAUGUUAUGGGUCAACCUCAUCAUGGACACGUUAGCCUCUCUAGCUCUUGCCACUGAAAUGCCCACCACCGACCUGCUUAUGCGCAAACCUUAUGGUCGCACCAAACCGCUCGUCUCUCGUACUAUGAUAAAAAAUAUUAUUGGACAAGGCAUAUACCAGUUGACAGUCAUUUUCACUCUCUUAUUCGUCGGCGAGAAAUUUUUGGACAUUGAUUCGGGUCGAUACAGAACCGAUUCCGAGCCCACACAGCAUUUUACCAUCAUCUUCAACACUUUCGUGAUGAUGACAUUGUUUAACGAAAUCAACGCCAGAAAGAUUCACGGCCAGCGUAACGUCUUCGAAGGCAUUUUCACAAACCCCAUUUUUUAUUGCAUCUGGAUAGCUACCGCGGGUGCACAGGUGCUUAUUGUGCAAUUUGGUGGUCAUGCGUUUUCAACAGUCCCACUUACGAUCGCCCAAUGGGCUUGGUGCAUCUUUUUCGGCGUAGGAACUCUUGUGUGGUGCCAAGUGGUGACGACGGUUCCCACCAAGAAGAUACCCAAGUGCUUCUCGAGUUGGAGUCGUGGAGAGCCUGGCGACAUUUCAAUUGCAAUGGUCGCUCACACCGAAGAUAAAAUAGAGGCCGAUGAUGAGAAGGUGCGGACUCCAGGCCGGAUCCUUUGGAUCCGUGGUCUUACACGACUUCAGGCACAGCUGCGAGUAAUCAGAGCCUUCAAGUCUGCAGAAGAGGACCUGGAGGAGAGGCGGUCCAUACACAGUAUGCACAGUUUGCGGCGUUCAAGGGUUCAAUUAGGUGUGCGUCCGCUUUCGGAUAUCUCGUCUGUUGAUGGUGAGCCAUUGUUGAGGGUAACCUCGCCGCAACUUCAAACGGAGACAGAUGUGCAUCAUUGACGCCUCCUGACAGAGUGUUGAUCCGCCAUUAUUGGAGCGGUACCAACCUACUACUGGCAGCGGUGUUACAGCGACAGCCGUUCAUUUCUACGGCCAUAAUUUUGUCGCAAGCCUCUUUAACUGACUUUGCUAAACGCUCGGGGAGCAACGGACAUUGGCAACAGUGAGCGGGAUUACUUGUGCACAUAUGGACAUUAAGCGUCUUUCCACCCGGAAGCAGAUGGAAACUGCCGUUUGGGCAAAGAAAAAUGGCGAGGGCACCAUAACAGGUGGUUUGUGAUUUAAUACUCUUCAAGCGAAAAGAAAAAAAAAAGGACUUACGAAAUAAGUAGCUAAAUAAUUCAUUCGUGCAAGUACUCACUCUCUACCACUUGCAUAUCGUUUUAUUUCGUUCGUAUAGGGAAUCCCUUUAAGUACUUCCGUGUGUAUGCAAGUACCUUUCUCACUUCCUAGUCCCUUCCGACCCUUGUACCUUAUUCAUUAUUUUAGUUUUACAUCUUUCGCUUCGCCGUAAUAUCCUGUUCCGUUCUGCUCUAAUUUCCAUCUAGAACCUUCACUUAAAGUUUGCUUUUUUGUUCCUUAUGUAAAUGUGCCAUUGAAAUCUCUGCUUCAUUUUGUUUACGUCCUUGCUUCUUGUGUUUUAAAUUUUUUUUGCUUCGACGAGAUUUGUUUCCAUUGCUUUUUCAAAUCCAAUCUUCAUAAAGUGUGUCCCAGAAUUCGCCUUUCUCCUUAUUUUAUUACUCUUUCUAUAAUUUUGUUUUUCUCGCUGGAAAAGAGUGGAUCGAAAUGCGAGGUUCGUGUAUACGUAGUAUACAAAAGAACAAAGCGGAAGCCUUACGUUGUCAACUCCGUUCUACUUUAUACAAAUCGGCUCUCAUUAUA